AUGGGGAAGGAUGGUACCUCGGGAGCACAGGGAAACGCAGUGAGGGACGUCCCGGAGGUGGCUGCCUGUGGCAAUGCCCGGGGGGCAGGAGCAGGGGCUAGGCAGGGCACAGUUAGCCAUUUAGAAGGCGAGGGGACACAGAAAGAGCAACGCCAGGAGAAUCAAGCAACCUGGGCAUUGGCUGUGGAAUCAGGAGCGGUUUUAUGCGAUGAGGAAGAAGAUAUUAUGGCGAUUUUGCAAGCACAAAAUGAAGAAAUAGCAGCUAAGAAAAAACUGGCGAAGCAAAAGGAAAAGGCGAGAAGGAGUCGACCAAAAAAUCAAAAUAAGGGGGUGGAGGGGGACGGUAAAUUAAGCAUGCUGAAAUCUUUGAAGAAUAAAUAUAAUUUGAACAUGUUGGGAUUGCUUGAAACAAAAAAAGAAGUGAUUACUAAAUAUGAGGUUGCAAGGCUUUGGGGAUCUAGUACUGCUGGUUGGGAGUUUGUGGAAUCUGCAGGAAUGGCGGGGGGUCUGCUAUUAAUUUGGGAUGAAGGAGUGUUUCAAGUAGAUCAAAGGUAUAAAGGUGAGAGGUGGCUGUGUGUUGAAGGCGUUUUAACAAAGACCAACUUCCGAUGUGCUUUCUGUUUGGUGUACGGGGCGCAUGGGAGGGAGGCAAAGAGGGAGGUGUGGGAGGAACUGAGCUAUGUGGCGGGGUUGUGUCAGAUUCCUUUCUGUUUUCUCGGAGACUUUAAUGAAAUUCUACAAGUAGAGGAUCGUAAAGGAGCUACUAGCUUGAUGGCGUCAUCGGAGGAAUUUAAGGAAUGGGUGCGAGACAUGCAGUUGAUAGAUUUGCCUCUUACUGAUAGGAAGUAUACAUGGUUUAGGGGGCGUUCCUGUAGUCGGAUUGAUAGGGUGAUGGUUAAUGUUGAAUGGACUGAGGUGUUUCCGGAUAUUAGGAUUAAGGGUGUCCCAAGGGGAUUGUCUGAUCACUGCCCAGUGAUCAUGGAACUAACAAGAGUAACGGGGCCCCCUAGACCAUUCAGAAGUUUAGACGCCUGGUUUACGCAUGAGGGAUUUCUGAGAAUGGUGAAGGAUGAGUGGCGAAGCCUCGGAGAAGCGCAGUUCCCGUGCAAGCUGAGGGCUCUAGCAAUACAACUGCGGCAAUGGCACAAGGAUAACUUCCGGGACAUGGAUAAGAGACUCGUGAGGUUUGAGGAGGAGCUCACCAAGCUGGACAAUUCAGUCAGUGAUGGAGUUUAUGAUGGUACAACGGAGGCUAGAAGGAAGGCACUUGUGAGCUUUUGUUCAAAAUGGUAUAUUAGAAAGGAAAUGCACUGGAAACAGAUGUCUCGGUCUAAGCAUGCUGCAAACAUGGAUAGGAAUACCAGAUACUUCCAUAACAUUGCUUUGGCCAGAAGACGGAAUAACAGGAUUGAUGCUCUGAUAUAG